AAAAUUAUGUUAAUGUAGCAUGCACCCGAUCCAGGUUUUUUGAGUGUGGGGUAACACAUGUGGCUUUGCUACAACCAUUGGAAAACUUGCUGUGUGUGUUUUUGGCAGGCAGUCACUUUUCUCUGCCGUGGAAACCUGUAGCUUAAGGACGUAGGACGGAGCCGUGAAAAACGGACCGCAGCUCCUCCAGGGAAUGGAGCUGGACAGCUGGACAGCAGCGCUGCUGACCUCCGCUGCCUGCGGUGUGGGAGCCCUGGUGGUUCUGGUCCACAGAGUCACCAGGCACCAACAGGCGACGGAGAAAAUCCAGAGAGCCAGGAAGUGGAGGACUGAGAGCCUGGAGCGAGCAGAGCAGGCUGUGCUGCGGUACAGAGACACGAAUCCACAGACAGACUCUGAUCUAAUAUUGAGCCUCACUCUGUCUGACCUGACAAAGCAGCUGAAGGAAGGCACGCUGAGUCGUGAUGACGUUCUUCAUUCUUACAUGGAAAAGGCUCUGGACAUAAACCGAAAGGUGAACUGCUGCACAGAGAUUUUGCUGGAGUGUUUGGACCAGUUAAAAACGGUUCCCUCCAACAAUGAUGGUCUCUUGUAUGGAGUUCCCAUUAGCAUCAAAGAAAAUGUUAACUACAAGAAUCAUGUCUCGUCUUGUGGUGUGGUGGUUUAUCUGGACCAGCCGGCUGAGGAGGACAGUGUGCUUGUUAAAGUUCUGAAGAGACAAGGAGCCAUUCCUUUUGUUAAAACAAACAUUCCCCAAGGUCUAUUAAGUUAUGAUUGUAGUAAUCCCAUAUUUGGGCAGACCUUGAACCCCCAUAACUCACAGAAGACCUGUGGAGGUUCCUCUGGUGGUGAGGGGGCUCUCAUCGGGGGAGGAGGCUCCCUGCUGGGCAUAGGUAGUGAUUUAGGGGGCAGCAUCCGUAUACCUGCCUCCUUCUGUGGGAUCUGUGGCUUCAAGCCAACGUCAGGUCGGAUCAGUUUGCAGGGUGUAAAGCCACUCUUUCGAGGGCAAAAAUCAGUUCUGGCAUCUCCUGGACCAAUGGCAAAAGAUGUGGACAGUCUGGUUCUGUGUAUGCAGGCUCUGCUCUGUGAUCACAUGUUCUCCCUGGAUCCCACUGUUCCACCGCUACCUUUUAAUAUGCAGAUCUACCAGAGCUCCAGACCUCUGAGAAUCGGUUACCUAGAAAACGACGGCUACACACAACCAAGUCCAAGCAUGGCCCGAUGCGUCAGAGAAGUUAAAGCCCUGUUAGAGCAAGCAGGACACACUUUGGUGCCAUAUCAUUUGCAAAAUGUCAGUUAUGCUUUACCUGAACUAAUGCUGAGGGGUGUAAUCGCAGACGGAGGAAGCAGUGUGCUACAAAAACUGGAGGGGAGUCCUCUGGACGCCUCUAUCAGAGCCCAGAUUUUCCAUUGCUAUUUUCCUAAGUGGUGGAAGAAAACUCUUUCGUUGUUUUUUAAGCCUCUGGGUCCUCGUGUUUCUACCAUUUUUUCAACAUCAUGUGGAGUUGGAUCUGUUGCAGAUCUGUGGGCUCAUCAUGCUGCUGUUGAGGACUACAUUAAUGAAACAAUAGCAUUUUGGAGAAAAAUCAACAUAGAUGUGCUGCUGUGCCCCAUGAUUGGACCAGCCUACAACCAUUGUUACUACAGCAAGAUUUGCAAUUCUCUGAGCUACACAAUGUUGUAUAAUCUCCUCAACUUUCCUGCUGGUGUAGUUCCUGUUUCCACGGUGACAGUAAAGGAUGAGGAAGAGCUCAAGCAUUACAAGGGCAUGUUUCAGGACGCCUGGGACGAACACUUCAAACAGGCUGUGUCUGGAGGUGAGGGUCUGCCUGUGGCCGUGCAGUGUGUGGCGCUGCCGUGGCAGGAGGAACUGUGCCUGCGCUUAAUGAAGGAGGUGGAACAACUGGUCAAACAGAGCAGGAGAUAAAGUCUGCAGAGUGUAGCUUUGAUCCUAGACGUGAUGGACGUGGACAGGUCGACGUCACAGGACCACACAGACAUUCUCAUCCCAGCACUUAAAGCAGUGAACAGAAACCAACAUAAUAACAAUAAUUUGUGAGACAGCGUUGACGAUCAUGGUGAUGAGAGUAAAUGGCUUUUAUACAAUCAAUUUUAAGCAUUGCAUAUCAUACACUUCACCUCCUUAUGAUUGUGUUCACAAUCAUUUAUCUUUAUAACAACUGAAGAACUUUGCACAUGUCUACAUUCAUUCUUGCCUAAUCCAAUGUAUAUAUGAUAAAUGUUCCUAUAUUAAAGUUUACACUUGUCCUAAAUAUUCAUCAGAUAUCUGAAUAAAUCUAAAGUGUUAAAACA